AUGCCUCCAAAGACACCCACCGCAGAAGACCACCUGAGAGUUCUCCGGGACGCACUUAAGCAGUCGACGCCAUGGACGUCUGGCCUGCUCAAUGUCCGCCCCGACGAGCUCGUUCUCUUCUACAAGCACGGUGCAGGAGAGGACGACGCCAGACACCUCAACUUCAAUGACGCGACGGAGGAACAGCUUGCACGGCUUGCCGAGAGCUGCCAGCCUGCGACGUUUGGCAAAGGCACGGAGGACAUCCUCGACGAGAGCUAUCGCAAGGCCGGCAAGCUCGACUGCGCGGACUUUGCCGCCUCGUUGGACGUUGGCACGUUAAGACUGGUGGAGGCGAUCAGCCCUGACUUGCUGGAUGGACGGGACGAUGUGGAGGACAAGAGCAUCAAAGCGGAGCUAUACAAGCUCAACGUUUAUGGCCCCGGCUCUUUCUUCAAGGCACACAAAGACACGCCCCGCGCCGGUGACAUGAUCGGCUCUCUUGUUGUAGUGCUGCCUACCGCUCACUCUGGCGGUGCGCUUACCCUCUCGCACGGAGACAGCAGCACAAGCUUCGACUCUGGUGCUCUCCUCGCUGACAAACCCUCAUCGAUUGCCUACGCCGCGUUCUUCAGCGACGUCACCCACGCUGUGGAAGAAGUCACCUCUGGCUAUCGGGUCACGCUCACCUACAACCUCUUCCUCCUUGAUGCGCCGACUUCUCGCCUUGUCCCAGGCCGGCAGGCAUCCGCAGCAGAGACUGCCUGCGAGGCCGCGCUCCGGGCGCUGAUGGCCGAUGCGACCUUUCUCCCAGCCGGCGGGCUGCUCGGGUUCGGUCUCCAGCACCAGUACCCCGUGCCGCGGACCCCGUCAGACCCAGCAUCACUAGAGCACGUGACCACCGUGCUGAAAGGGGCGGAUGCGCGGAUGCAGAGUGCCGCGGCGCGGGUGGGGCUGGAGAGCGUCAUCCAGCUGAUAUACAGGAGCCUGGAGUACUAUGCGCGGGGCCGGGACAGGGGCGGGAAUCAGGUCGUGCUCGGGGAGGUCAUCGAUUUGGAGGGCAUGUGGGACGAGGGCGGGGAGACGUCGGAGGCGGUCGAGAAGGCGGGCGAGGUGUUGCGGACUGCUCGGUACAGCGAAAUUGGGGUGAAGCCGAAGAAAAAUUCACAGCCCGAGUCCGAGUCGGCGGGACUUGAGGAUGAGAAGCGCACGGCCAUCUUUUGGGUCAGGAGACUCACGCGGCUGAACCGCGCGGAAUCGGCGUUCAUUGCGAUGGGGAACCAGGCGGACCUGGCGCAUUCGUAUGGAGAUGCGGCGCUGUUGGUGCGGUUCCCGCCGAGUGGCCAGCGGGGCGCUGAGUAA